AUUAACCGACCUGUCAGGUUCCCUCACAGACGGACCAGUGAACUAUAAAUACAAGACCAAAUGCACUUGGCUGAUAGAAGGAUAUCCUAAUGCAGCACUCAGGCUGCGCUUCAAUCACUUUGCCACCGAGUGCAGCUGGGACCACAUGUACGUCUAUGAUGGAGACUCCAUUUACGCCCCUUUGAUUGCCGUCUUCAGCGGUCUUGUCGUACCAGAGAGCGGCGGCAAUGAAACGGUGCCAGAGGUGGUGACGACCUCCGGCUACGCUCUGCUUCACUUCUUCAGUGAUGCGGCGUACAACCUGACCGGCUUCACCAUCACCUACUCGAUAAACUCUUGUCCCAACAACUGUUCGGGUCACGGCAGAUGCAGCACAGCGAACUUGGCCUCUGGUCGAGUGUACUGCGAGUGCGAGGACUACUGGAAAGGAGACGCCUGCGACAUCUCGUACUGCAGAGACAACUGUGGCAGCCCGGACCACGGCUACUGUGACCUGACCGGAGAGAAGCUCUGCGUCUGCAACGACAGCUGGCAAGGUCCAGACUGUUCUCUGUCUGUUCCGUCCACCGAGGCCUUCUGGACGCUGCCCAGCGUCAAACCAUCAGCGCAGUCGUCGGGUCGAGCGUCCCAUCAGGCCCUGCUGCACUCUGGGCUCAUGUGGGUGGUGGGAGGCUACUCCUUCAACUACUCCAACUACCACAUGGUUCUCAACUACAACCUGGAGAGCAGUACCUGGGACGCGGUGCCUGUGAGCAGCGGACCUCUCCACAGAUACGGACACUCGCUGGCUCUGCACCAGGACGACAUCUACAUGUUUGGCGGGAAGCUCGAAGCCGGAUCCGCCAACGUGACCGACGAGCUGUGGGCGUUCAACAUCCCCCGACGCACCUGGUCACCACGGAAACCCGCCCCGCCUCCUCCCUACGCCCUGCAGGGACACACCGCCCACGUGGUGGAGCUGUCCGGCGGCGAAGCGGUGAUGCUGAUCUUCUUCGGCUACUCGCCGGUUUUCAGCUACAUCAACAAAGUUCAGGAGUACAACAUCAGGUCGAACUCGUGGCAGGUUGUGUCCGCCGGCGGCGCGGUGGUCCAGGGAGGAUACGGCCACAGCAGCGUGUUCGAUGAGUCCAGCGGCUGCGUGUUCGUCCACGGGGGAUACAAGGCCCUGAACAACAACAAGUACGGUCUGGUGGACCACAUGUACCGCUACCACGUCCACACCAGGACAUGGUUGAUCCUCAGAGAGAGUGGCUUGGCGCGACACCUCCACUCGGCGGCGCUACUGAGCGGCACAGUUCUGGUUUUUGGGGGAAACACUCACAACGACACGUCGCUAAGCAACGGAGCCAAAUGUUUCUCUGCUGACUUCCUGUCGUACGACAUCGCUUGUGAUGAGUGGUCGAUCCUCCCCAGACCAUCGCUGCAUCGAGACGUCAACCGCUUCGGACAUUCUGCUGUUGUGAGCAACGGCUCCAUGUUCAUCUUCGGAGGUUUUUCCGGCGUCCUCCUGAACGACGUGCUCACCUACACCCCCCCGUCAUGUCGGGCCUUUUCUAACCCAGCCCUGUGUGCUGCCGCUGGGCCGGGCCUUCGCUGCCACUGGUUCAAAAGUAGAUGUUUUCCCUGGGAACCAAAACCGCCUGACCAGAUUCUACCUGCCGUGACUUGUCCCUCACGACCUGACAGCACAGACGAGCAGUGUUUCCGCUUCUCGGACUGUGCGAGCUGCACGGCCAACACGUGGGGCUGCCAGUGGUGUGAGGACAGGAAGUGCAUCUCUUCGUCCAGCAACUGCACUGUGCUGACUCUGGAGCUGGCCCAGCAGCAUGGCGGCGCUCUGUCUCUGUCCCCCCCCCCAUCCAUGUUGUCUGAACAUCAGCUGAGCUUGUGGAAACACGGAGCCAGGAGGCGGGGUCAUGUGUGUAUCAUUUGAUGUUGUUGACACUUCCUGUUCGGCUGCAGGUCAGGUUGAAUCAGGG